CCCCAUUGACAGUCGAGUCACAAAGUCGUUACUUCUCGCAUCUUCCAACAGUAUUAGUAUGGAUUUUUGUUUACAUAGUUCGACAAGCACAGCAUGCAAAGACGGAAGAGUGGCAAGGAACACCGCCCGCUCUGGGUCAUCUAUUGGAAGAUCUUCAAUGUCCUGUAUCUUCCUCUCGGCCACUGAAAUUUUUCGUUGCACUGGAUUCGAGUUGGUCGCUCAUUUGUAUUGAGAAGGGAAGAGCAAAGAUUUCAAAAUGCUGUCCCACCUUGUCCACAGGACAACGAAUGAAUACAAGCCCGAACAAAUCGACUCAUUCUCAAAUCAGAAAUCGGAAGAAGGCCGCGGCUGCCUAA